AUGACAUCUACUGUACUUGUCACAGGCGCCAGUGGCCUCCUUGGUCGUGCUGUUUUCAACACAUUCCAGCACUCAGGCGUGUUGGUCGUUGGACAGGGAUUCAGCCGCCCUGCCCCGCCAACCAUCUUGAAAGCCGAUUUAGAGAAGGACGAGGAUAUUAAGACGCUGUUUGACGAAGUGAAGCCCCAAAUCGUCAUUCAUUGUGCCGCAAACAAGUCUCCAGACCUCUGUGAGAAGAACCCCGACCAAGCGCGGAGACUCAAUGUCGAAGCGACUCGCAAGUUGGCCAAAGAAUGCGAGUCUCGUGGCGCCUUCCUCAUCUACAUCUCAACCGACUACGUUUUCCCCGGCACUGAAGGCGAUGCGCCCUACGAGGCCGAUGCACAGACCAAGCCGCCGAAUCUGUACGGACAAAUGAAGCUAGAUGGCGAGAAGGCCGUUCUAGAAACAACGAGUCCCGGUGCGGGUGUGGUGCUGCGUGUGCCAGUGCUGUACGGUAACGCUAAGGAUAACUCCGAGAGCGCAAUCAACACGCUAGUCGACGCUGUCAAGAAGGCUACCGACGAAAAUGCCGGGGUGCAGAUGGAUGACUGGUCCCAGCGAUAUCCUACCAACACUGAGGAUGUCGCGCGUGUGUGCCGAGAUAUUGUCAUCAAGUACCUCCGCGAAAAGGAGAAGCGCAAGGACCUCCCUCGGAUCCUGCAGUUCUCAUCCGAGGACCGUAUGACCAAGUAUGAGAUCUGCCAGAAGCUGGCUCACGUCCUUGGUGUUGCGACUCCCGGCAUGACGGCAAAUAAGCAGGGCAAUGAUCCUAAUGCUGGUGUCACACGGCCUUAUGACACCCAUCUCUCUACCAAGGCGUUGACCGAGCUUGGGAUUGAUGUACGGACGAUGGAUUUCAUUGCAUGGUGGCGCCGAGAAUUGGGUGCUUAUAGGAAAUAG